CUACUCCAAUUGUAUCAUGCAUGGAUGCUCUACCUUGAGAGUUUUCAUUGUAACUCGGUACACAGGAAAAUAAUAAACCAAUGCCAAUACAAUAGCAACUACAGAUUUAUUUAAUCAUUUGACUUUUGCACCUUUUGUUGUGGAACUGGAUCCAGUAACUCGGCCACAGUCUUCAGCUCCUGGACAGUGGCAGAAGGGGGCCUGAUACAGGGAACAGUGGGAGGGAGCAGCUUGCAGGCAGCGGAGUCGAGGUAGAUGGUCUACACUGCAGGGAUGCCAGUGGACCAUCCCUCACCCACGUGACAGUUCUGUUGCGGGUGAACGGUUCGUGGCCCCACCUCUGUUACUCCGGCUCAGGGAGUGGCCAUUGCAUUCUGGCAGGGCAGAGUCUGUUGGGAAGCUGCUCGUUUCCAAUUACCUGAAAUGAUGCAGCGCCAGCAAGAACUGAACAAAGUCCAACUGCAGUAAAUCUCGCUUUCCCUUUCUCGAGUGGACUUUGAUACAGUAAGGCAGUGUUUAUGUCAUCCUGCACUUCUUCCACAGACACUGACCUGAAGCAAAGCACAGAAGGAAUUAAUUGCCCGGCUGGGCCCAAGCUGAAUGAAUUUUCAUUAAAGCGGUAAAAGAGGAGGAAUCAGUUGAUCAAGACCGUGGAAUCAAAGGAUACAAGGAGCAAGAGACAAGGAGGAGCGGUGGGCAUGGAUGUUGGCUUGCUUGAGAUCCCAGCGGAGCUGGCUGCUCUGUUGCAGCUUGCUGACGCGUCCUUUGAGAAUCAGGUGACCGAGGUUUCCCCACCGCAGGUUAAGGCGAUCAUCAAACACUCGCUCCCUGCAGAUGUGAACGACCACCCCUUCAGUAAAUUCAUCAAUGACCAUUUCCAGGUCCCACAGUUCCAAGUGCUGGACCAUGCUCUGCAUCAACCAUUCACUCAACUGGAACGAGCAGAGCGACAGGCAGCUCUGGAGCUCUUCAAAUUGGUUCUACGGUUUCAACAAGAGGAAUUCCUCCAAAGCAGAAAGGAAACCAUCCUUGGGAAUUUCAUUGUGCAGAAGGGAAUAUCCAACCCCAGGCUCCAGGAUGAGAUCUUCUGCCAGGUGGCCAACCAGACCUGGAAGAAUCGGGACAUGGAGGAGUGGCGGAGAGCCUGCCUCCUGAUGACCACCUGCCUGAGCUGCCUGCGGCCCUCGCCCCAGCUCGAGAAGCCCCUGCUCAAGUACGUGUCCGAUCACUUCAUGGAAGAAUACAGGGCGGUCUGUCAACACAAAGCCCUUAGCGCCAUGCAGAGCAUCCAAAACAGGGCCUUCCCUCCCACCCAACUGGAGUGGACAGCCAACCAUCGGCGAGGACAGAUGGUGCUGGAUGUCCAUGUCUCACGAGAUGAAACAUUUGCAACAGAGGUGGAGUCCUGGACAACAGGAGAAGAACUUGGAAACUGGAUUUUAAAAUCCCGGGGCCAGGAGGAAGAGCAGAGAGGUUGGACGGUGUCCUUGCACACAGGAGCGGAAUGGAUAGACAUGCUUGGCUGCGACUUUGUAAUGGAUCUCAUUGCUGAGAUUGAAGUCCUGAAUGUUCCACUGGCCCAGACAUCUGCCUCCAUCAUCCAUUCACAAGAAAAUGGCAGCGAUUAUGAAUCCCAUUCAGUCUAUGAUGACUGCUAUGCUAGCUCGCGCUUCAAGGUCUAUGAAGAAUUGAUUCCUCCAGCGCCCAAUGUACAGGCACCAGCCCUGCCGCCCAGCAUGGUGUCCGACGAUGGUUCCGACGCUGACCCCUACAUGUAUGCUUGCUCCUCAACAAAAUCAGAGGCUUCACAGGGGUUUGAAAACUACGUGGACAAGCUGUUUGACCCAGUGUUCUCCCACGGCGGAGGGGAAAUGCAGCAAACCGCAGCUCUGAACAGGCGGAUGAAAGGAGGAGGGGGAGUAGGCCCGACACAGAGCGGAGCGUACAUGACCACAGGUUUAUCGAUGGUCCCCAGCUACUCAAUGGGUAUCCCAAUGAUGUCUCAGAUGCCACAGAUGGCGACCGUACCUGCGUAUCAGACCCCACUCAUGCCUGCAAUGCAACCAAUGCCUGCAAUGCAACCAAUGCAUGCAAUGCAACCAAUGCCUGCAAUGCAACCAAUGCCUGCAAUGCAACCCGUUCCAAUGAUGCAGCCGAUGGAAACACCAAUGCCAGUAAUGAUGAUCCCACAGGCCAGCAUGCCUCAGAUGCAGCCCAUGCACCAGACAUCCCAUUACCCAAGGUCUCAGUUUUCACCGCCUGCAAACCAAUACAACUCCUUUCAAAUUUCCGAACAGCAGGAAAGAUUCAUCAACCAACAGGCCCUUCUGCUGGCACAGCAGAUGACUUCUCAGGCCCUGACCAUCAGUCAGCAACAACAGCGGAAAAUACAGAGGGAGCAACCAGAGGAGCCACAACAGGAACGACAGCAUGUGCCUAAAAUAACAAAAACUGCAACCACCCCAAAGACAAAAACUAAAUCCAUUCCACCUGAUUCAUCCGAACAACCAGAAAAGCCCAGCGAGAAAAAUAGGCCAAUUCUCAAUACAAAUCCUCCUGAAGCAGCAGAAAAGCCCACAAGAGACACGGUUGUUCUCACGACUAAAGAAGAUUUUGAGGAGAUGGAUUCGGAACAAUUAAAAAAUUUUCAGCAGAAACGAGCUUUCUUCCAGAAAAUAGGGAAAGAGGAGAGUCUGAAGUGGAAUUGUCCAUCAAAGAUUUUGCUUCCCAAACCGGAGAAAACAGAGGAGAAGCAGGAAGUGGAAGAACCCAGUAGUUCCAAAGUGGAGGAACUGGAAGGUAUCAGAAUGUGGGGAACCUCAAUGAUUCCUCAUUGCUUAAAGUGUCACUGCUCAGACUUCAGAUAAAGAUUGUAUUUCCAUUCUCUCAUUCAGAAUCCGCUCUGGUGGGGUGGGAGCAGUGUGCGGUGGGAAAUUCCAAGAUCACUCUCUUUCAGGAUAACAUUGCAUUGUAUGGUCAAUCAGUUAUGGGCCAUUGUUUGAAAUCAACUUGGAUUCAAGUUCUGAUGUGCAAAGUUACUGAUUCUGCAAAGUGCCUGUUUCAUUGACCCUUACCCACCCAUAAUCAGUCACCAACCUACCUGCACUUCCUGCUUCCCAUCCAUCCCCUGAUCAAAUGAAUCACCUCCCAAUCUGUGAGCGACGGUCAUCCACUGACAUUAUGGACCAACUUCUCUCUCACCCUUUGAUCCACUCAACCACCUGACAGCUCAAUCGGGUCACUGGUUCAGUGUCUCACCUUCUGAGGUGCUCCACCUUCCGUCAAAACAUCAGAACAGAAGACUGCUGAUUAUCUGAGGUUAAUGUGAUGAACUACAGCUCAGCCUCAUCAUGAAGUGGGCGGCACCAUGGCACAGUGGUAGAGUUGCUGCUUUACAGCGCCAGAGACCCAGGUACAAUCCUGACUGUACGUUCUCCCUGUGACCGCGUGGGUUUUCUCCGGGUGCUCCGGUUUACUCCUACAUUCUAAAGACGUGCAGGUUUGUUGGUUAAUUGGCUUCUGUAAAUUGUCCCUAGUGUGUAGGAUAGAACUAGUGUACGGGUGAUCAUUGGUCAGCGCAGACUGGCGGGCCGAAGGGCCUGUUUCCACACUAUAUCUCUAAACUAAACUAAACUCGCAUGCUGUCUUCUUUUUGUCCUUGUAGGUUCGCCAUUUCCUCCACCUCCACCCCCUCCUCUAGUGAACCUGACCAAAGACCCGCAGCAUGAAAAGGAAAGAAAGAAGAAUGAGCAGCAUAUUGAAGAAGAGGACAAGAAGCCAGAGAUAUCUGUCCAGAGCAGAAGGACACCACAACCCAGUCACAACAUUCGAGAAAUCAUUCAAAAGUACCAGUCUCGGCCAGUGUCACCUCCUCCCAUUUACAAACCCAACAGAGUACAAGCAAAACCUUUCCUGAAGAAAGACAACCCGAAGAAUGAAGCAUUAUCGCUUUUACGAAUGGCA